AUGCCCCAGCGUCCCAGAAAAAUCCAACGUAUCUCAAGGGCGUGUGACCGUUGCCAUCGACGUAGCAUAAAAUGCACGAAAACCCGUGGCCCACUCGAGCCCUGUCAGAACUGUGUGGAUUUCGAUAUACCCUGUACAUAUGAGCGUCCGUCACGGAAAAGGGGUGGUCGUAGAGGAGCCCGCGAAGGGGAACAGGAACCUGCAUGCCGACCGGGCGGCGAGGUUGCCGCUACUACACCCUCUCGACCAGCCCAUUCGGAAGAUGAUCUUCCAGUUGGCGUGAAUAGUCAUUUAUCGACAGCUGUCGAUAAUAGCUCCUGGGCAACCACGGAUCAGCCCUGUAAUUCACAUUCACCGCUGACGCCCUGGAAGGCACUUGCAAUCGCCUGUCAUUCUGUGGUGCUGGAUCUCGCCCAGGUGUACUUUGAGAUUGUCUAUCCGAUAUUUCCUCUAUUCCAUCCACCAUCGUUCUUGAGAGCCCUCCGGAAUGAAAAGCAUCUCGAGGACCAAGGAUUAUUCGCCUCAACAAUGGCAAUGUGUGCCUUAGCCUCCGCACGCGCCAGGGAUGGCGGUUUAUAUUCGAAUCAGCGAUCACCGUCACAGUUGUCACAUCCGCCACCAGAGGUUUUCUCGGCUGCAGCUAAGGAAUCUAUCCCUCCGAAUUUGGCUGCAGCAAGAGGCAUCGAUUUUAUGAGAGCAUGUGCGAUUCUCAGCGUUGCCGCCAUUCAAAACGGUCAGAUCCGGGAGAUGCAUCAAUAUCUAGGGAUGUAUCAUACACUAAGUAUUAUGGAAGGGUUGCACGAUGAGAAGUUAUGGCCGAGGGACCUGGGUGUCGUGAACGUGGAGGUUCGACGGAGACUGUUCUGGUCGAUGUAUACGCUAGACGUGUUUUCGGCGACCGUAUGGGGAGGCAUGAUCCGUUUCAGAGAAGUUCAGUCAAAUGUACGCUAUCCGAGAGAGGUGAACGACGAUGUGCUUGAUUUUGCAAACGAAGCAUCGAUAUCGGCGGACUGUACCACGCCCGCUUCCAAUCCUUAUGAACCCUCGGUUUGGAUGCGUGGGUGGAAUUUCACUACUGAUCUUUAUCGAAUACUGGAGCAUGCUAUAGACGGCCAGCGGCAAAGUCUGCGCGCUGAGAAUGAGAGCCCCUGGUCGUUAUUCCGCCCGACCCCUGUCCCGGGCCCUUUGAUCAUGGAGCAUGUACAUUCCCUAUUCUCGGCUUUACCGUCGCAGCUUCAAUCAAGCAAGCCUGCCACCGGUGAUCCUGAACAUGAUAUUGUUGGAUUCCAAUCCGCUAAUAUCCAAGCAACGCUCCAGCUUCUUAACAUGGUCCUUUCUUCAAGCGAGGACCAAGGAGUGGAGGAGAAAUGCGAGGUUGCCGGGAACGUGCUCAGCGUCUUUAGCACAGUGCCGAUUGAAUAUCUCAGAGCAAUCAGUUCCCCGCUGCUCUACCACUUGGGGGGAAUUGGGUUUAUCCUUGGGUCUGUCAUGGAAGGAAGCCUGUCUGAGAUGUCUUACCAAAGAGUCCGCAAGCUUCUAUUAGAGAUGGCAGCACUUUUGUCUCAAAUGGAGUCCGGCCUUACCCGCUCCACUGGCGCCAGUGAACGACUCAAAUCACAGGUUAAGCGAAUAGAUGACUAUAUGGAUAAAACUCGGCAUGCCAAUAUGCGCUCUGAGCAAGCGGAAAUUGACCAAUCGCAAGACUUCGAAGGUUACAUACGACCUAUCCCAGGCCAGCCAGCAGACUUCGAUGACACAUUAGCUUAUUUCGAACUGCCCCCAGACUUACUGGAUGACUGGCCCUGGUCGUCUGGAGCUGGCGUGUUGGACGGCAUGUUUCCGAUUGCGUUAAGGAAAACAGACGACUAG